AUGUUGAUUGAUCAUAAUUACUCCCUGGAUCGCCCAGUCGGCCAGCACUUGUUCCAGUCACACUAUCUCGUUUUGGCACCACCAAAAGAUGCUGCAUUGCCGUAUGAUCUACGAACCAAACUCCCGUCUUUCGGUGCUCAAUACGCCCCGCCCGCACCUACUUGGCUCGCUAGCGCAUCGAACGAGACGGACACGGCGAAACCGAGUCCAGCUCGUCGAAAUUCCACGAUGAGCUUCAAUCGCGUCGGUGGAGGUGGCGGAAUAGAUGUGGAACAGAAUGAGCGUGCACUUCUCGGCCGUUUUCUUACCCGAUUGCACAAACUGGAUCCGGAUCUUGUCAUCGGUCAUGAUCUGUGGGGACACCAGAUUGAACUGCUCGUACAGCGUUUGCAAGCAAACAAAGUGGCACAUUGGCACCGAAUCGGUCGACUGCGGCGGUCAGCACAAUUC